GAAAGAAUUGAUCAAGAUGGCGGCACUAGCGGCGCUCGGUUGUUUUAGGGUGCUGAGGUCUUGCGGGCGGAGCAGCUGUUCUCUUGCUAUCUGGCAUCUAAUGAAAAGUCCAUUCUGUGCCAUGCAAAACAGAGUUUAUAUGCCAAGGAUAAGAAUACAGUGGAUAGCAUCCUCUGCCUCUGGAGACACCCAAAGUUAUUCUAGUGACGGGCAGAUUUAUCUCAGUGAGAGCUGUGUGAAGAGGCUGUUGGAGAUUGCAGAAGAGUCUGAGUUUCUCAGGCUGCAGGUAGAAGGAGGUGGCUGUUCAGGUUUCCAGUACAAAUUUUCCUUGGAUACAGUUGUCAAUUCUGAUGACAGAGUUUUUGAGCAAGGCGGUGCCAGAGUGGUUGUGGACUUGGACAGCCUAAGCUUUGUGAAAGGUGCAAUGGUGGACUUCAACCAGGAGCUAAUUCGCAGCUCAUUCCAAGUAGUGAACAAUCCACAGGCAGAACAAGGUUGUUCUUGUGGGUCAUCUUUCUCAGUUAAGCUCUGAUCAAACUACUCCAUGUGGACAGAAGGAUGAAGAAAAGUUCCUUUUGUUGUUGUUGUUGCCUAUUCUUCAGUUGGGCUGAAUAGCUGGUUUAGUCUGUUGUACUGUAUGAUGAAAGAAACUACCUUAGCCAAGAAUCAAUCAAGAACUGAUUUAUCCAAGACUGAGUGUGAAGUGAAUUAAUCCGAUUUGGUGACUGUGAGUCUCCAAGUCUUUGCUUUACAGGAAGGAUGGUGAGGGCAGAUCUGGGCAAUCAGCCUCUGCUGUGAUGUUGUGUACUAUUUAUUUACUAAAAUAUUUUCUGAUUUUUAAUUUUAAAAUCUUGCAGUUGUUUACAGUGCUAUAUAAUGAGGUUGUAUGAACGUGGUUUGCAUAGCCAAGGAAUGUUUCUAUAUGAGGCUGAACUAAGGCUAAGCAUCCCUUUUCUCACAGAUGGAUACCAUGCUACAGUGUGUAAUAAAAAAUUACUUUCCAUGGAAAAAGACAACCUCCCUAAAUUGUCUUUAGGGUUCUUAAAAGAACAGUAACAUAAAAACAAUCCCUGAACUAUCUAAUAUAUAGUGGUUAAAGCUGAAGUCUCCUCCCAGCAGUAGAGCAUACUGAGUGACUUUGAGCCAUUAUUUUCUCUUGGUCUACUGGGGUUUUGUUGUGGAGGUAAAAUAAGGGAACACUUCUGUAUAUGAUACCUUGAGAUCACAGAGGAGAAGUGGUAUAAAAAUCUAAAGCCUUGGAAACAGGGCUGCCCCUGUUAUAAAUGAUGGACAGGAACUGGAAUAAAUUAAUGCAUAUUUUGUUAUUCAGUUUGUCUUUUCCUGGGUUUAUCCAUGGGUAAAAAUUCCUUCAGUUGCCCAUGAUACUGCUUGAAUUUCUGGUUGUAAGUGGACAUAUAGGAAACUCCCACUUGGAUGU